AUUAGGAAGACUGCAUGAAAACAGCUAAUAGUCAUGUAUGGCCCUGGUGAUUCAUGAAAAUGGCUAUAGCUAUAUGGCAGUUGUGUGUUAAGGAUGGAGUCCUCAAUUCUAGAAAUAACAGGUACCAUUGAGCCCAUUUUAUACCAUUUGAGAAUAUACUCUAUUAGCCAUAAAAGUGAAUGAGAACCACACUAGUUGGUCCAAAUGGUCCUGUUUUCUCCUCAUCCUAAAUCAUACAUAAUGGGAUAUUCAUGAAAUGAUGCACUUAUCUGAAAUAUUCACUGGUUUGUAUAAGGUUUGCAUGUAUGUGGAAAGAGGCCUACAUAAUCUAUUAGGGUAUAGAAAAUCCUCUUUUGUUGCUGCUGAGAAGAGGACAGCCACUGAAUUUAGAAGCUCCCAAAAAAAUAUUUGCUUUGUAUAUAUUGAGUAUGCCAUGAUUAUACUUCAUGUUCAUCAUCUUUUUCUUUUAUUGCUUCACAGACAUAAAUGAACUGAAUCUUCCAAAGACAUGUAGUGUAGAUUUUCCAGACCCUGAUGAUCUGCUGACUUUCAAACUUAUCAUCUGCCCUGAUGAGGGAUUCUACAGAGGCGGCAGGUUUAGCUUCAGCUUCAAGGUUGGCCCCAACUACCCGCAUGAACCUCCAAAGGUGAAAUGUGAGACGAUGGUCUAUCAUCCAAAUAUUGACCUCGAAGGCAAUGUGUGCCUCAACAUCCUUCGGGAAGAUUGGAAACCAGUCUUAACUAUCAACUCCAUUGUUUAUGGUCUUCAAUAUCUUUUCCUAGAACCAAACCCAGAGGACCCUCUGAACAAGGAGGCAGCUGAUGUGCUGCAAAGCAACAAACGACUGUUUGAGCAGAAUGUGCAUAAAUCCAUGAGAGGUGGCUAUGUGGGAUCUCACUAUUUUGAUCGGUGUUUGAAGUGAUGAAGUGAAAAUAGACUGAAUGGUAAAAGCGAUGUCAGAUGACUUGAAGGGAAUGCAGUGCAUAUGUCUGCUGCUGAUUGCCCAAGAAUCACGCAGCUGGCCUUGUGAUUCAAAAUUCAAAGGUGACUUCUCAACCUAUGUAUGCCCUGUUUGAUGGGCCAACACAUUUUCGAGCCCUCGUUUCUUUUCCUUCUGCUCAAUUAUUUUAUAGCUCAUCACUUGUUCAUUUUCAGGGUGUCUUUCCUUUCCUAUCUUGUUGAAACGCCUGCUUUUCUUCUAUAGGGAUUUGCCUUUUCUCUCACUGAGUUACUUGAAGAGACUGUCGGCUGUGUUCGAUUCAACAGGUGUCCUUUUUCAGAUUUCUUAGAUCCACUAUUCAUACUGCCUGUUGCUGUCACACAGGAAACUGGAUUUCUAAUGGCAGAUUGGUGGGACAACAUGCAUGUCUGCAUGAGAAUUUUUUCUUUCCCUAACGUAUGUUCUUUAUUUUGAAGGUUUAUUUUUCAUUUGAAGAGAAGCAAUUUGAAAACAUGAUUCAGUGAUGCUUAUAGCAGUCUUUACCAUUCAUUUUGGCAUAUUCAUUGUUUAAAUGCCAGAAAGAAUGCUGAUGGUGAAUUUAGACGCUCUAAUAAUGGACAUUUAAUGAGUUUCAUAGAAACAGCUAUGGGAGUUUGUUCUUUUUUUGGUCUCUCAAAUACCUGUGGCAGUGGAUUGAAUUUAUACCACUAAUUUGAUGCUGACUUUAUCAACAACAGGUCUAAUUACAUUUUAUGACUUUCAUCUGUAAAUUAACAUUUGCAGAAUCUCUGGCAGUGUCCUUCUUCAUUCAGGAUGUAUUCAAGCAAAAAGAAGAAAAUGACUGAUUUCAUUUAAGUUGGGUAAUUUUUUGUUCCAUAAAGCUGAGUUGGGCAAGGAGAAUUUUUGAUGCAAGAUGGUCAGUCAGUUUUGGUAAUUGGAGCAAGAAAGUGCAUUGUAAGCCAACUUACAGUAAGCUUUAAGUGCAAUAAGCCCGCUUGAUGGAAGUUGGUUUCUGGCCAUUGGUUAAGGAAGUCCCAAAUCAAUAUUGGCAGACAAGUCCAACCAGGUUCCCAGCUUCAAUAAUCCUUUGUUAUAGAAUGAAGACCUGUGCAGAGCUGAUGGGGAUUAUCAAAAGGCAACUUCAGAUCUGAAACUUUUCUUUCAACUGCCAUAUCAAAGACUUGUGGGAAAGACAUUUUUAUGCCUAUUCCAUUCAACUGUGAUAAUCCCCAUAGUGCAUCUUGAGAGCUGUUCUGGUUUUGGUUAUUUGCAAUGUCCAUUGUGAACUGCCUAUCUGGUUUUCAUCUAUCCUACAUGAAUAACACUGCUAUUUAUAAUUUAGUUGAGAAUAUCCAUGGCUGCCACUCACCAUCUGGACCACCUGUGAUCCUCUAGUGCUUCAUUGUAAGCAGGCAGAGUCCACAUAUGCACUUUCUCAUGACAUGUUACUCGUUGACAUCUCAGUGUUUUAGUGGAAACCUGGUGGAUGCUUACAUGGCAAUUUAUAUAUCAAUACCCAGUGAAUGUGGGUUUCCAGACCUUUUGUACUUGAAAUAAGUUGCAAUGGUGAGCAUGAAGGUAUCAAGAACUAGAAUUUCAAUCAGUAUUGACCCAAAAGGUUAUUCAAAUGCUAUCUAGUUUGGAAUGGAGGACAAACUGUCUAAAUUCCAAGUACCAUAAGGGAAUAAAUCCUCACCAUGUAAGACUCAUGAUUUUAGCACUGCACCUCUCAUGGUAUGCUUUAAAGAGAGAAAAUAUGUUGCAAUAGAGUGCUUGAAGACCAUUCUACUCUGGAAAUGAUGAUAGAUUCACUACCAGUGCAUCGUUUUUGUCCUCAUCACAACUUCAACUGAGGGCACAUGCAGGGCAACAUUGGAAUAAACAUGUCAUGUGAUUUCA